AUUUGGUCGUCAUGAACGUGGCUUUAACAGUGUGAUGUAUAUUUACGAAAAAUAAUAUAUUAAUUGUUAAAAAAAUGUCUGAUGUAAUUGUCCCCAAGGGUCAACCUAUUGCAGGUGAUCCCGAAAAAAAGGGGUGGUUGUUUAAAUGGACGAAUUAUCUCAAAGGAUAUCAACGAAGAUGGUUCGUGUUGUCAAAUGGGCUAUUAUCAUACUACAGAAAUCAGGCUGAGAUGGCUCACACAUGCCGUGGAACUAUAUCACUACUUGGUGCAUUAAUACAUACUGCAGAUUCCUGUACCUUUGUAAUUAGUAAUGGCGGUACACAAACAUUCCACAUUCGAGCCCAUGAUGAAGUGGAACGACAGAGUUGGGUCACAGCCCUGGAACUAGCAAAGGCAAAGGCUAUACGCGCACAAGAAUCAGACGAUGAUGACGACCAAAUAAAUUCUGGCCCCGUCACUGUGGCUGGUGAGGGGGAGGGUGAGGAUGCCGGCGGGAUUGCUCGUGAGCUCUCAGCGAGAUUCCACGAUCUACGCACAUGUUCAGAGUUGGUCACUAGGCAUGGGGCAGCUCUGCAACGAUCCCUGGUCGACCUGGAGAUACCUCCAUCAGAUAUUACUAAACAAGUAUCGGAGAGAGCGACUUUGUUUAGAAUAUCAUGUAAUGCUAUGAUGAAUGCUUGUUCGGAAUUCAUGAGCGCGGCCGCUGCAUCCAGUGCGAGAAUGAGUCGCGCGUUGCAGCAUGAGCGGGAACAGAAGAUGCGGCUGCAAGAGAUUGUGGAGCAGCUGGCGAGGCAGCACGACAGUCUGGAGAAGACGGUGGCGAGGAGCACGCCUCACACUGGCGGUAACGGUUCUGGACAAGGUAAUGAUACCGAAGAUGAAGAACAUGAAUUCUUUGAUGCAGUCGAAGAGGGAGCCUCAUCAGCUAUGGAAGACAAAACUUCCUUUGUAAUUAAAGUGCCUGUAAAUAGAAAAAACAAAGUGAAAAGUGGUGAAAGCUCUGACGAAUCUGAAGUAGAAACUGUAACAGAAACACAACAAGUGUAUUUCGUGGAAGACAAAGAGAGAGCAGAGAGCGCGAUGGGCGGUGCGGAGAUUGCUGACGCGGCGGCGGCCAGUGCCAAGCCGUCUGAUGAUAAGGAGCUUGAUAUUAAGAUUUGGCCGCACGUGUCCCAAGCGACGGACAGCGUGGUGGAGGGGCACCCGCGGCGCACGCGCGUGCCCGACAAGCCCAACUACCCGCUCAGUUUGUGGUCUAUUAUGAAGAACUGUAUAGGCAAGGAGCUGUCGAAGAUCCCGAUACCUGUUAACUUCAGCGAGCCACUCUCCAUGCUGCAGCGGUUAACGGAGGACUAUGAGUACUCUUCAGUGUUGGACCAAGCUGCUACCUUCUCGGACCCGGCACAUCAGUUGGCCUAUGUGGCUGCUUUUACUGUGUCUUCGUAUGCUACUACAGCUAAUAGGUGGGUAUAUAGAGAUUUAUUAGAUUAUAAUUCCUCAAAGAAAAAUAUGUUUUUGAAUAUAUUGAAAAUUCUUGUCAUAUUAUAUCGGGUAAGUGGUCAGGUGCAGCACCACCCCCCCACCAGCGCGUCUCACUGCGAGGGUGCCGGCGGCUGGGUGUGCUGGCAGCAGUUCUCCGUCUCCAGCUACUUCCGGGGACAGUUCAUCACGAUCACCCCGGACGCGGAGACCUUCGUGCUGUUCAGGCGCUCGGGCAGCAGAUAUCGGUGGUCCAAGGUGACGACAACAGUGCACAACAUAAUAGUGGGCAAGCUGUGGGUGGACAACCACGGCGACAUGGAGAUAGUGGGCGAGGCGGGCCCGGCCACCGGCUACGUGGCGCACCUCAAGUACCUGCCCUACGGGUACUUCAGCAAGGACACGCAGCGGAAGGUCACGGGGGUCAUCAAGGAUCCCAAUGGAGUGCCGCGCUACGUGCUGCAGGGGCACUGGGACAGCCGCGUGGAGGUGGCGGCGGUGACGAGCGCGUCGCCCGACAACACCGUCUGCAAGACCGGCAAGUUCGUGCUCGCCUGGCAGCGCGUGCCCGCGCCCUCCGACUGCGACAAAUGGUACAACUUCACGCUGCUGGCGGCGCAGCUGAACGAGCCGGAGACGGGCGUGGCGCCCACGGACUCGCGCCUGCGGCCCGACCAGCGGCUCAUGGAGGAGGGGCUCUGGGACGAGGCCAACGCCGAGAAGCUGCGCCUCGAAGAGAAGCAACGCGCGGCGCGGCGCGAGCUGGAGGCGGCGGCCGAGGCGGCGGCGGCGCGCGGCUCCGCGCCGCCCGCGCCGCGCGCGCCCGUCUGGUUCACGCGCCAGGCCGCGCCGGGCCAGCCGCACCUGCGCCACCUCUACAACAACAAGUACUGGGAGUGCAAGCAGCGGCAGGACUGGGCCGCCUGCCCGGACAUCUUCUAGUGCCGCUGCGUCUGUGCACCAGCCGCUCCCAUCGGACGUGGACACUUGACGGGUGUGGUGUGUGGCAUCUGCCAUCUAAUGCGCGAUACUGUACGGAAGUUGUGCGCGAGAGCAAGCGCUCCUCCGAGAGGGAUGCGCGUUGCGAUUGUUCGACGCGGUUACUGUACAGUACUUGUGUGUUGAUAGAUUAAUGUUCCGAAGUAAUUUGUAUAUCAAGCGCUGAUACUUGAGCUCGAUACAUUCUUAUGUUAAUUUUAAAUUAUGGUCCUUCGAGCCAACAUGUUAGUUGGGAGAAUUAAAAAUGCAGAUCUCAAAAGAUCCACAACACGCUAUCCUGUCCCGACAUCUAUUGAUACUGUAGGAAUAUUGUGAUAGAAAAAAAGUGUAAACAUAAUAUGUUGACAUAAGUUUUUAUCUCACUUAUUUUAAAUCUAAUAUUUUACUGCUUUUUAAUGUUGCAACAACGAUGAGCACAUACAAACAUGAGGAAUUAUAAUAGCAUCAACUAAUGGGUGCAAUUCUCAAUCCCAAUAUAACAAAAUAAUUUCAUUUAUAUAGCCAUGUUAAUUAAAUAAUAAUAAUAAUAAAAUAGGAGAAGACAAAUUUGCUUGCAUUUAAUAUUCGACAUGAGUCGAAUGACAAAAUUAUUACGAGUGUUGAUUAAAAUAGUUGAAUACAGGUAAUGUAAGCUCAUAAAGGCAGUAUUAAGGAAAUAAUCGUUAAUAUCAUACUACUCAUCAUUUGAACUGCAUCAGAACUGGUUCAUUCAAAAAAGGUUGUGCUUUUGCUUAUUUCUAAAAUCAAUCAUAAAUAAUAAAUAAAAUUGAUGCGAAUAACUACUCUCUGCUUUAGCUAUCGAUAUAAUUGCUAAAAUAAAACGAUAAUUUAUAAGCUUUUAACAUUGCCACUUAUUAUCGUUAAUUAAUGCUACCCGUUUUCUUUUUACUUGAUAACAUUGAUAUUUUCGGCUAAACAAAAAUAGAUUGUGUGUUCGAAAAUGUAUCGUGUGGUAAAAGACCUAUUACAAUUAAAGACAAUCUGAAAUUAUAAUUACUAUAAGUGCGUAUGUUAUUUUUCUGCAGUUAUCACAUAAUGCGAUGUAAUUUUGAUUGUUGAAGUAUGAUAGCUAACUGAGACAACAGCUAAUAUUCCACACGGUUGUUCAACGAAGACGUUUAUACAGAUCGAUUGUGUGGUGGCAAUGGGCGAGACGCGAGAGGUACAAGCCCGAGCUACAUACGCCAUGUUUGUAGCAGCUCGGGACAUUAUUUAGGGCGCGCAUAUUUGAAUGUUGUUUUCAUAAUUAUUAUUUAUUGAAUCGUGACAACCGUUACAUUUUUCGACUUUUACUCCGAGAUCAAAGACGUUGUAUUAUUGAACGUGUAUUGUUACUGUAUUUUGUCCUUGGACUGUGCUGAGAUUUUAUUUCCCAUUAUUUCCUUCUGAAUGUGUCCAAAAAUGAAAUUCCUGAUAUGUCACGGUACGCUCGUCUUUAUUACUCUUGUGCACGUUUAAUUUUAACAAAUGAUUUUAUUUAGUAAGAAUGAGAUGUGUAAUAUAACUACUGUUAGUACACCAUUGAAAAUGGUACUCGUUCCACUAUUUUCUCGUCUUUUUUGUUUAGUUCGCCCUUUAUUUUAAGGUUAUGUAAUGUAAUUAAAGGAAAAAUAUUUUAUUUCAUAAAUCAUUGUUGUUUUCUGCGGCAUCAUUAAUCUAUUUGUUAUUUUUAUGAUUUUUGCUCUUAGCUGAAUUGUGCAAUUUGACGCCUACCAUGAUACUAAUAAAAAUGUCGAGAGGUUUUUGGCUCUAUGGCCUAAUAAAUAGAUUUAAAUUUUGUGUUAACUUCUAAAUCAUAAACAAACUAUAAAAUUAUUUUCUUAACGGAUGUUACAACGAAGUUAAGUAAUGUUUCAGGUACUCGUCAAUCGGUUCAACACCAAUCAUCACUAUGUAUAUAUAAAACUCGCUUUGAUAAUUAGGACUUAGUAAAUUAUCUAUUUGCUUUUAUAUCACCCACUUUCUCAUUAUAGUGUAAAUUAAAUAACUAGUAAUGUUAUACGGAAUAAUAGGUGCUAUGAGGGAUGUAUACAGCAAUUUAGUCGUGUUUCUAUUUGUACGUGGUCGUAAAUUAUUUUAUAUGGUAACUAUUUUUGUUUAAGUUUCAGUUUGAUGCAAUUGACUCAAAUCAAAUAGAGAUACGAUAUAAAUUAUCAACCUUGUAGAACUUUCGAUCUGCUUCCAGUUUAGAACACAAAUUUCAUGAGAAGUGUUAAAUUUUUAACUAAAGUUGAAUUUCUUAUAUUAAUUAAUAAAAAAUAAUUUUCUUUUGUAUUUCUGUAUUGUAAAUAAUGCAAAUUUAUUCCAAAACUAAGCAUUGCUCUUGCGUCCAAAUAGACAAGGUGUAUAACAUUUUCGUAUUGUUGGAAGGGCGAAUUAGACUAAGUCGUACCUGACAGAAUACGCAUGCCUUAUCGUAUGAGUGACGCCGCGUUGACGACGUCGGGUCUUUGUCAAACUUCUUAUGCAUCUGUGCCCGGAUCUUUGAUAGCGACUUGGACAAAGUGUAGGAUAUUUUGUAAGAUCUAUUACAAAUUGUACAUUUUUACGUGGAUGUAAGAUAUUUGUUAAUAUUUUUAUUAAUAGAAUGAUGUUUGAAUACAAAGCCAUAACAUCUGUAUCAUGUUGAGUAUAAAAAUAAACUAUAUCGAAAACAUU